CCUGACUCUUCGAGGCAAAGCUCCGCGGGGCUGAUGACAAAUCACAUAAAGUAACAACCUGCCUGCCUCUGAAGAGCGAUUCAGACCCAUCUCCAGGAAAAGAAUGCCCCCCUUCGCGGGGCCGAGCCGCAGCCCUCCGGAUCUGGAUGUGUGAUCGAUCUGCAUUAUGCAUCACCCGCUGAAAGCCCCUCUGAGGAGGUCGUUCAGUGAUCAUAUCAGGGACUCCACUGCUAGAGCCUUGGAUGUUAUCUGGAAGAACACGAGAGACAGACGACUGGCAGAAAUCGAGGCCAAGGAAGCUUGUGACUGGCUGCGGGCUGCUGGCUUCCCACAGUAUGCACAGCUCUAUGAAGACCUCCUCUUUCCAAUUGACAUCGCCCUGGUCAAGCGGGAGCACGACUUCCUGGACAGAGAUGCUAUCGAGGCCUUGUGCAGGCGCUUGAAUACUUUGAACAAAUGUGCAGUGAUGAAGCUAGAAAUUAGCCCCCACAGGAAAAGGAGUGAAGAUUCAGAUGAAGAUGAACCUUGUGCAAUAAGUGGCAAAUGGACUUUUCAGAGGGACAGCAAGAGGUGGUCAAGGCUUGAAGAGUUCGACGUGUUCCCUCCGAAGCAGGACUCGAACGCCCCCUCCCCAGAGGCUCCUCCACUCAGCAGCGCAGCAAGCAGCGAGAGCGUGCUGACAGACCUCAGCGAGCGCCAGGAGGUGGCCUCCAUCCUGAGCAUCAGCAGCACCAGCAGCCACCAGCCCACCCUGCAGAGCGAGGCGUCCACCACCAGGACAAACUCGGUGGUGAGCGUCUGCUCCUCGAGCAACUUGGCAGCCAACGAUGACUCCUUCGGCAGCCUGCCCUCGCCCCGGGAGCUGAACAGCUUCAGCUUCGGCACCAAACCCAGCGAGAAGAACGCCAAGUCCAAAACCAAGAGCCUGCUCAAGAGGAUGGAGAGCCUGAAGAUCAAGAGCUCUCACCACAGCAAGAGCAAAGCCCCUUCGAAGCUCGGCCUCAUCAUCAGCGGGCCCAUCCUGCAGGAGAGCGUGGACCAGGACAAGCUGAAGCGGCUGAACUGCGUGGAGAUCUCGGCGCUGAACGGCAGCCACAUCAGCCUGCCCCUGGUGCGCAAGAGGAGCGUCUCCAACUCCACCCAGACCAGCAGCAGCAGCAGCCAGUCCGAGACCAGCAGCGCGGUCAGCACGCCCAGCCCCGUCACGCGCACCCGCAGCCUGGGCGCGCACAGCAAGAGGGUGGGCAUGUACCUGGAGGGCUUCGACCCCUUCAACCAGGCCACCUUCGGCGACGUGCUGGAGCAGAACUUCCGCAACCGCGGCGGCUUUGCGGAGGACGCCGUCUUCCUCAUCCCCGAGGACCACAAGCCCGGCACCUUCCCCAAGGCGCUGGCCAACGGCGGCUUCGGCCCCUCGGAGGGCGGCAGCUCCGUGAACUGGAGGACGGGCAGCUUCCACGGGCACGGCCACCUCAGCCUGCGCAGGGAGAACGGCGCGGACGGCUCCAAGGAGCUGGGCGUGGGCGGGCGGCGCAACUCCUCCAGCUCGGUCGGCAGCCGCCUCAGCAUCUACGACAACGUGCCCGGCUCCAUCCUCUACUCCAGCACCAGCGACCUGGCCGACCUGGAGAACGAGGACAUCUUCCCCGAGCUGGACGACAUCCUCUACCACGUCAAGGGCAUGCAGAGGAUAGUGAACCAGUGGUCCGAGAAGUUCUCCGACGAAGGCGACUCCGACUCGGCGCUCGACUCUGUCUCCCCCUGCCCUUCCUCCCCAAAGCAGAUCCACCUGGAUGUGGACAACGAUCGGAUGACCCCCAGCGACCUGGACAGCACGGGGAAUUCUCUGAACGAGACAGAGGAGCCUGCAGGGACGCAGGACAGGAGGGACUCUGGGGUGGGUGCAUCCCUGACGCGGUCCAGCAGGCACAAGCUGAGGUGGCACAGCUUCCAGAGCUCUCACCGGCCCAGCCUCAGCUCGGCGUCGCUGCAGAUCAGCUGCCAGUCGGUGGCACAGAUGAACCUGCUGCAGAAGUACUCCCUGCUGAAGCUGACGGCCCUGCUGGAGAAGUACACCCCUUCCAACAAGCACGGCUUCAGCUGGGCAGUACCAAAAUUUAUGAAGAGGAUAAAGGUGCCAGACUACAAAGACAGGAACGUGUUUGGAGUUCCACUGCAAGUGAACGUGCAGCGCAGUGGCCAGCCCCUGCCACAGAGCAUCCAGCAGGCCAUGCGCUACCUCCGCAGCCACUGCCUGGACCAGGUUGGGCUGUUCAGGAAGUCUGGAGUCAAGUCCAGGAUCCAGGCUCUGCGGCAGAUGAACGAGAGCUGCACAGACAGUGUCUGCUACGAGGGGCAGUCUGCCUACGACGUGGCUGACAUGCUGAAGCAGUUCUUCCGUGACCUCCCGGAGCCUCUCAUGACCAACAAACUCUCUGAGACCUUCUUACAGAUUUACCAAUAUGUGCCAAAGGAUCAGCGUCUCCAGGCUAUCAAGGCUGCCAUUAUGCUUCUGCCCGACGAGAACAGGGAGGUCCUUCAGAUUCUCCUCUAUUUCCUGAGUGAUGUCACAGCUGCAGUGAAGGAGAACCAGAUGACACCAACGAACCUGGCUGUCUGCUUAGCACCUUCCCUCUUCCACCUAAACACUCUCAAAAGGGAGAAUUCUUCCCCAAGGGUGAUGCAAAGAAAGCCAAGCCUGGGAAAACCUGACCAGAAAGACCUGAAUGAAAACCUGGCUGCAACCCAGGGACUGGCUCACAUGAUCGCCGAGUGCAAGAAGCUCUUCCAGAUCCCCGAAGAGAUGAGCCGGGGCCGGAACUCGUACAUGGAGCAGGACCUGCGGCCCCUCAGCCUGGAGGAGCUGCGCGGCGGCAGCAGCGCCGCAGAGCCCUCCGACUACCACUGCUACCUGCAGGACUGCGUGGACGACCUGCUGAAGGAGAUGAAGGACAAGUUUAAAGGCUGGGUCAGCUGCUCCACCUCUGAGCAGGCAGAGCUGGCCUACAAGAAGGUCUGUGAGGGUCCCCCGCUCCGGCUGUGGAAAACCACCGUUGAGAUCCCAGCUCUGCCGGAGGAUGUUCUGAACCGGCUGCUGAAAGAGCAGCACCUCUGGGAUGAGGAUCUCAUAGAUUCAAAAGUGAUCGAGCCUCUGGACAGCCAGACAGAUAUAUACCAGUAUGUGCAGAACAGCAUGGCCCCUCAGCCCGCCAGGGACUUCGUUGUCUUAAGAACAUGGAGGACAAACUUCCCCAAAGGAGCCUGUGUGCUCCUAGCAACCUCGGUGGAGCACGAGCGGGCGGCGGUGGCAGGCGUCAGAGCCAACGUGCUGCUGUCGCGGUACCUGAUCGAGCCCUGCGGGUCAGGAAAGUCCAAGCUCACCUACAUGUGCAGAAUUGAUUUAAGGGGCCACAUGCCAGACUGGUACACCAAGUCUUUUGGACACUUAUGUGCCUCUGAAGUGGUUAAGAUACGAGACUCCUUCAGUCAUCAGAGUCCUGAGGGCAAGGAGGUGAAAUCCAGGUGACUACUGAAGAGGAACAGCCAGGAGCUCCACACCUCAGCCACGCAGACAUUCCCCAGAGCUGAGGCUCCUCCGCUGCAGCCCAGGCUGCUGAACCACCUGCAGGCCACGGCGUGGAGGGAGGACAGCAGGAGAGAGAGCCUGGCUGUGAGCACUGCUGUGGGACUCUGGCCACGCCAUCCACUUGGAAGCUGCUCCCUGUCUGUGUAAGGUCUAUAGUGUAGACCUUGACUGGAAUCUGUAGGAGAACUGUGCAACAAGCAAAACAAUGUCUAGUGCCUGUUAGCUGGCUUGAACAGAUGGUUUGAAUUGCUUCUGAGAAGCAAAGUCUAUACUGCAGACUGUAGUGUGCAAGGUGGUGAAGGCUCCUCCCGGCCACGGGGGAUCCCCGGCUCCGCCGGGCUGUAGCACGGCGAGGGACUGGUGUAUCCACUGGAGUAGUUGGUACUCCUCAGUGUGUUCUCACUGAGGGCAGCAGAGAAAGGUUUGCACAGAGAUUCAGGUGUGAGUGUGUGUGUUCAUGGGUGAAAGGGUAGCAGAAAUGGAACUUGAAACGUGUCUGGUACACUGAUAGGCAACCAGGGUGGGUUGCAGCAUGCUGGGUGCAGUUCAGCCCAGAAUGGGACUGCCCUGUGGACCAGGAGUAGCCAUCCUUCCCCCACUGCCUUUUCCUCAGCUCUGCCCUUGUUAAAACCCCUCAGCAGAUGUUACAAGAGGCUUGCUCUGCUUGCUGCCCACUCCUUAGCCAGAUGAUCUCGUAGGAGUGCUUAGCAGUUGUGUAGCAAUGUAAGCGAUGCACUUGUGAGCAGUGCAGCAGCUUAGCCAUGAACUGUCCCUGCAUCAGUGAAGAGAGCCACUGCUGGCAGCUCUUCACCUGCCACCAGGGGCUGCUGCUUGCCUCCCACCUGCACACCCUCUACGUGUCUGAAGGAGCUUUCAGACA